AUGGCGGCAUGCAACGGGGCGAGCUUAACUUCCUUCUCAAUCGACGCAUGCGUGCGCGAUUUCUGGUCCGCCGUCGUUCCGUUCGUGUUCGUCGGUCUCGCUCUUCUCAGUUUUACACCUCCCGCUCGCGUUCUGCUCCGUGCCGCGAGCAAGCCUUUCACCAACUUCCUCCCUCUGCACGAAGCUGAAGCGUUGAUCUUCGGGGAUGACAAAACACGGGAAGAAGAGGAGAUUGCGGUCCCACUAUGGCGCACGCUCGUUCUCUCUGCAGUGUCGCUCGUCGAGUGCUUGCUCUGGGUCGGGGUCGCGUGCUACAGUCUCAUUGACAAUCCGCAAGACCUCUGGAACGGGAUUGGCGACCUCCUGAUCGCUUCGACCUGGUUCUAUGCCACACUGCGCCUUGUUGUCAAGCCUACCGCAACUGUUCCGUACGACCUGCUCGUUCUCUUCGGGCUGCACCUAGUCCUUGGGAUAGUCACGUUCUUCGGGCAUCUAUACGACAAUUAUGUCUACGCUCUGCCGAUGCCUCACUGGGCCCUGGUGGCUACGGAGGUGGUCAACCUGUUUGCCAUAGCCGGGGUGCUCACGAUCGUCGUGAAUAUGCCGCUCGGCAUUCCGAGCAAACAGGUCAAGAAAGAGGCGAUCGGUGCGUCGGUUUCCUUUGAAGACUACACGACCCUGUGGGGUUGGGCCUCCUUCCGUUGGCUCAUACCACUACUCACUCUCGGCACCUCUACUACGUUGAACGAGGAGGACGUCUGGGCGAUGAGUCCGACCAUGCAGGCUCGCCCGCUGCAUAUCAAGUUUUCGCGCUCGACGGGCAAGCUGCUGAAGCGGCUUUGGAAGACCAAUUCUCUCGACCUGAUCCUGGACUUCACCCUCUCCUACGUCAGCAUCGUAUUCAACUAUGCUGGCCCGUACUUCUUGAAGCAGAUCUUGGACUCGCUCGGUGGGGACGGACGGAACCCGGAGAAACGGGCGCUCGCAUUCGUGUAUGCGUUCCUCGCAUUCGCGAGUUCGCUCUGCAAGACAGAGAGCGACCUCCAGCAUUUAUGGUACUGCCGGCGCGCCUGCACCCGGAUCCGGACGGAGCUCAUGGUGUCCAUUUACGACAAGGCCCUGAAGCGCAAGGACUUCUCGGGCAUCGUUGACAAAGACGCCGCGGACGUCAAGUCCAAGGACACCAGUAAGAAUCCGGGCCCGAAGGUAGACGAUCCGAAGGCUGGCGCAGAUAUUGGCAAGAUCGUGAACAUGAUGUCGAGCGAUGCUAGCUGCAUCUCGAUGAUAGUUGCGAUUAUAUACUUCAUGUAUGGAGCGCCCUUUGAAAUCCUCAUUGCCGGCGUGUUCCUAUACAAGUUGUUAGGCUGGUCCGCGUUGACGGGAUUCUUGAUCUUACUGCUCAGCUGGCCACUAAACCACUUCGUUUCGAAACGGUCGAUCCGCAUUCAAAAGGGAUUGUCGACCUCGCGUGACAAGCGAAUGAGCGUAUUGAACGAGCUGAUCGGCGCGGUGAAGUUCAUCAAGUUCUUCGCUUGGGAAAAUCGGUGGAUCCAGAGGGUCCUGGAUGCUCGCGAAGUGGAGAUGCAGUGGAUGAUCAAAGCGCGCAUCAAUUCGAUUUGCUGGUCCGUACUCUGGAUCUGCGCACCAGUCCUCGUUUCCGUAUCCGCGUUCUUCGUGUAUAUCGCUUCCGGCAACGAGUUGACCAUCGGUGUGAGCGAGAGCGCCAUCGCGCUCUUCCAGAUGGUCCGCGUUCCUCUGAACAUCAUCCCGUCGUGGGUAGUCCAGAUUCUUCAGGUCGAGCCCUGGCAAAUUGCGACGUACCUCGACAAAGGGGAAGUCAACGAGCAGGUCUCCACACUGAAGAAGGGCCACGUGCCUCCCUCCGAGGAAGGUGACCCCGGCCUCGGGAUCCUAAACGGGACCUUCAAAUGGAACGAGGUCGAGGAAAAGAAAGAGGGUAGUAAGGGUAAGGGGAAAGACAUCCACAAGAAAGCCAAAGGAUCCGACAGUGUGAACAGCGCAGACGGCUCUGGGGAUGACACAGGUCCUCCAGGGGAGGUGUCCACUAUCAUCGAUAGCGCGUCCCCCAUGGCCGGCAGCACCGGCGACCACCGCUUUGAGCUCAAGGAUAUCACCGUCAUGUUCCCUGACGGUCAACUGACCGUGGUCACUGGGCCUACAGCGAGCGGGAAGACUGUGUUGCUGAUGGCACUGUUGGGCGAGCUCACGACUCUUGAAGGCCGCAUCGUAUUGUCGAAGAACGUGUCCAAGGUGGACAAAUACGGGCUGGCGCAGACGAUCUCAUACGCGGCACAGUCUCCGUGGUUGCGUCACCAGUCGAUCAAGGAUAACAUCCUGUUCGGGCACCAGUACGAUGAGGAGCGGUAUGAGGCCGUUGUGGAAUGCUGUGCACUUAAGCCGGACCUGGAGAUGCUCGAGGAUGGCGAUGCAACUGAGAUCGGUGUCCGAGGUGUGAGCUUGUCAGGUGGUCAAAAGGCUCGUGUGGCUCUGGCACGGGCCGUUUAUGCUCACACCAAAUAUGUCCUCCUUGACGAUCCGUUGAGUGCUGUGGAUAGUCACACGGCUCGUUUCCUCUACGAGAAACUAUUGAGAGGGCAUCUACUCGCCAACCGCACGGUGAUCCUAGUUACACAUCACGUCAAACUCGUACUUCCGGGCAUGCACUACCUCGUGCGCAUGUUAGACGGGCGGAUCGACACUCAGGGCACAAUCAAAGACCUCCGUGAGAGCGGCGUGCUCAACGACAUCACGCAAGUCGAAGAGAUCGAGGCGCACAAGCACGAGCAGGCUGUGGAAGAAGCUGAAGGCAAGGAGGAUCCCAACACGGAGAUUGAUGCUGAGACGAAAGGUGGCACAGAAGAGGACAAGAAGAAACCAAGAAAACUCGUUGAAGAAGAGCAUUGUGUCGCGGAGCUAGACUCGACGCAACCAGGCAACGCCUACAACAAAGAAACUAAUACAAUCUAA